UCAGAAAAGGAAAUGGCCUCGAUAGUUUGCGAAGAAGACUUGUCUGACGAAUUUGACGUCUUUGGGAUCGAAUUAGAAAAUUCUGAUUGCAUUGACAAAUUGAAAGAAUUGUGUGUAACCUAUCGUCUUGAUGCAUCUGAUAUUGCUACAGAAUGGGUUGCAUUUUCACAGUCGAAGAAAAUCCAGAGCCUUUGUGCUGGCAGUCUUGAGAUGUUUGAGAGAGAAAGAUUGUCUAAGAAAACCCCAAAGACACCAAAGACAUCUACGAGCAAGAAUUCCUCCGUCAUCUAUGAUCUCAACACCAUUGAUCAAGGUGUUGAUGAUGAUGAAGCUGUGGCUCUUUAUGAAUCGUAUUCCACGCUGACUCCAAAAGCAAAGACCACAGGUGGCCAGAAGCGGCAGCUCACCCCAGAGAAUGUGCCUCUAAAACGAUUCACUGGCUCGUCUCGUAGCCCUGUUAUCCCUUUCUCUCCAGCUAGCUUCUCCCCUGCAGGCCAGAACACUCCAUCCCAGAAAUACGCAUCUCGGACAAAUGCUGGGGACGUGGUGUGCAGCUUUGGAGGGUCAGACAAUGCUGUGUGGACAGGUCAGGGUCAAGGUUGCUCAAUCCAUUCCUAUGACUCGAGUGCAGAUCUCCCCGAGCGCUUCAAGUACAUGUUCCAGAAACUGACAGACAAAGCAUUCGUGCUGAACGACUUGAUAGAAGACAUGUCGAGUGAACUUAAACAAACUCACAAUAUUGUAGACCUGGCUCAUGUGGCUCUACCAACACAGGAACCAGUUUGUGUGGUGGGACGUAUAUGUUGUGACAGCAAUGGAAAACUGAACUCCAAAUCUGUGUUACUUGAAGGUUCUCGUGAAACGUCGGCCGGGAAGACCAUUCCUCUUGAUCUCUCUCAGCUGCCGAGUUAUUCCUUAUUUCCGGGCCAGAUUGUUGCAGUAGAAGGGGUUAACAGUACAGGAAACAUGUUUGUUGCCAGUAAGAUAUUUGAGAAUGUGUGUGUCCCGCCUCCUGCAACAUCAGUGAAGACUGAAAAUGUGCCUUUAAGUUUGGUUGUGGCUGCAGGACCAUUCACAACCUCUGACACACUGACCUAUGACCCAUUAGCCGACUUCCUUAAAUACAUUCACCGUGACAAGCCGGACUUGUGCAUUUUGCUGGGACCUUUCGUUGAUAUUAAAAAUGAAGAAAUUGAGAAGUGCUCGUUGACAUGUAGCUACACAGACUUGUUCCAGUCUCGUCUUCAGCAGAUUGUCAGCAUUACAGAACGAAUAAACUGUCAUCUUGUGGUGGUACCAUCUCAGCGUGACAUUCACCAUGACUCGGUCUAUCCUCAACCUCCAUUCAAUAUGCCAAAUUUACAGGCAAAGAAUGUCCAAUUUGUCAGCGACCCCUGCACCCUUGUAAUCAACAACACAGUGUUCAGUAUUACAUCCACUGAUAUUCUGUUUCAUCUUGGAGCUGAAGAAGUGUCAUUUCCACCAGGAUCAGCAGAUAGACUAGGGAGACUGACAAACCAUCUACUUAUGCAACAUAGUUACUAUCCACUUUACCCACCAUCAGAGGAAGUGUGUGUAGACUUUGAUCACUUCGAGCAGGCUGGACGGAUACCGGUCAAGCCCCAUGUUCUCAUUGUGCCAUCAGAUCUUCGUUAUUUUAUUAAGGAUAUUAAAGGAUGUUGCUGUGUUAACCCAGGUCGCCUAGCCAAGGGUCAAGUUGGUGGAACGUACUGCAGGCUUGUGAUAACACCCAGUGGCUCACAAUCUCCAAAUAUUGCGGCCCAAGUGAUUAGAGUAUAAGGAAUCACGGCUCGAACUUAAUGGCAGCACAUAAUCGGGGGCUUUACCAAUGGCAGUGUUUUUCUGCUGGAUAAAAAUGAUGGCUGUUGGUUGAAUGGAUAAUUUUUAGGUUUCUUUUUUUUUUUUCUUUUUUUUUUUGUUGCAAAAGUUACUGGUUUAAAAUUGCUAAAGGCAGUCUAAAAAUUGCCGUAGGUGAGAAUUUUACCUAUGGGAAAAACCUUUAAAAUUCUUAAGUUCAAGCCCUGAGGGACUCUUCUGUUUUCUCGUUUCAUUAUUUGGCUUAUUCUUUAUUUAUAUUGUAUAAUAUAAAAUAAGUUACGUGUUAUAUUUUACAUUGUUAUAUUGAUUAGUACAAAUGAAGUAAAUACCUCAUAAAGAUAAAAAUGCCACUGCAGAUCAGUUUUGCAUCAGCUUUUAGCGGCGACACAGCUGAUUGCUACAGCAGAUUUCGAGGGUUGGAUGAAGCUUUAUGAUAAGUCCUCACCUGAUAAGUGAUGGGGUAUAAGAUCCAUCCCCACUGGAUGACUUUUUGUUGAUCUAGGGAUGGCAUAUAUAGAUUAGUGGUGGAGUGUUCACCUGAGGUGUGAUGGGUUUCAGGAUCUUCAAUGCACUCUGGUUUAUAAGCACACUGCGACUAAUGUCGACCACAGUCGCUUUUAGUCACUUUACACACCCUUGUUUUGACUUUGUACACAAUAAGUAAUGGUUUUAUGUGAUAUAUUUGAUGAAUUGUACUUUUUGUUUCUUUCAUAUUUUAAAACUUUAUAUUUUGUCUAAAAUUAUGAAAAAUUAACACAUACCGACAUGUAAACUGAGUUGUUUGCUCUCAACACUUUUGACAGGGGUGAAGCUAAGUAGACCAGUUUUUAUAUUAAUGUGGUUACACGUUGUAAUAUUAAUAAUAUACCUUAGCUAAUUUUGAAUUUGAAUAACGUCAGUAUUCCAAUGAUGUCACUUUGCAUUUCCUUUCAAUAACAAUAAACUGGGUGCAUGAUGUUUCUGUUUCAAGAACGCUGAAAAAAUUCCAGUUCAAAAAUGCUAUUGAAAUAUUUUUUGUUAACAUUACUAAUGCACCUGACAUUUGAAGAAAAUAUUGUAAUUUAAAAUGUACUAUUUACGAAAUUAUGAUUUUAAGUGAAAUUACGGUAAGAUAUUUUAUAUUGCGUACCGGCUUUUGUGGUGUUGUGGUUAAGCUAUUGGACAUAAGGCUGGUAAGUACAGGGUUUGUAGCUGGGUACCGACUCCCAGCCAGAGUGAGUUUUACUGACUCAAUGGGUAGGUCUAAGACCACUACACUCUCUUCUCUCUCACUAACAAUUAACAACUAACCCACUGUCCUGGACAGACAGCCCAGAUAGCUGAGAUGUGUGCCCGGGACAGUAUGUUUGAACCUUAAUUGGAUAUGAGCAUGAAAAUAAGUUAAAAUGAAAUGCAUGAAUGUUGUGUAUGAAGCCAAAAGAAAUGUGUGAAAAGUCAACCGUAGUCUAUCAAAGGCCAUGGUAUGUCCUGUUCAUCACAGGAUACUGGUUAAAAAAUGUUUCACUGAUUUAUUGGUAGGAGUAGCCUUUAUGGCAGCAGUGGAUUUUCUCUCUAUGGAUCUACUGUUUUCCUUCCCUUCCCUAUUCAUCUAGUGUUCUUCAGCUGAUACAUCACAGACUGAUGUCACACUGGAAAGAAUUUAGUUUUAGCCAAUUUUGCAAUAUGUAGAGUAUUUUCUUGAACAUGGUUUUUAAAAAAGCUAAUUUAUACAAGAUUUUAUUAGCCGAAUAUUAAAUGUUGUAAUCACUUUUUAUGAAAACUAGCAGUUGGUUAAUUUGGCAAUGGGCAGGGUGAGCCCUGUAAGUAGCUGUAGUAUGCUGUCAUGUUUAGGGAAGUGUAUAUUAAAAAAUUUAAUUUUUUUCUUGAUUGGUCAAUAAUCACUGAUCGUUGUUUUGAGGUGCGUAUCUUUUCUGUUUUGCAUAAAUUGCAGUUUGCACACACCAGGAUGACCACAAACAAUGGAUUUGCCAAAAUUGAUAACUUAACUAAUUUCUAGUUAAUGUUAAGGAUUGUCUGUUAUUUCGUUUACAUUCAUGGGGUAUGAAAUAAAAAAUCCACAAUAUAAUUGCUGAAGCUCUCCUGUUACACCAUUAUCUAAAACUCGCCAAAUAACCAUGAUAUCAAAACAAGAAAUAAAUGACCUCGUAUUGCUACAGUUGGACUAUUGGGAUGACAUUAAACUGUAAUGAAUGUAACAGAAAUUUAAUUAUUAUACCAAUGCUUAGAUAAUAACAGAAAAGAAUAUCACUACAGGGUGAACAAGCAUUUUUGCAAUGAACACAUUGUCCCUAGCAAUUGAAAUUACCUUGGAAGUCACAGAGUGUGAAAAUGCAGAAAUCACACGUUUGCUUUCCAGUACAGUACAUCUAUUCUUGCACUUGUCGUUUAAAGCAAGAGUGCCUUCUUUCUCAUAAAGAUAGGCACUGUUGCUGAGCAGACUGGCUUAUUUCUAGCAGUAAAGGGGCGUUUUAUUUCAAUCAGCCUUUCAUCUACGCCAUCUAGGGAACAACAAAAGAAGGGUUUCAAUUUGUUAAUAAUUAAAAAAAAAUAUAUAUAUAUGUUUCCACUGAAACCACCUUAAAAUUUUAAAUUACAUAAAAAUAUUUAAAAUAUUUGACGUUUCGUUAGUCUAAAAACCAACAUCCUCAGGAGAAUAAACAAACAAAGUGCUGGGCAUAUAACCAGUAAGGUAUAAAACAGAGAAUGUCAGUUUGGAAGUUAAAAACACAAAGCUAGGUAACAAGGCAGGAGCUGACCAAUAGCAUAACAAUAAAAUUAAAGAACAAAGGGGUAUAAAAAGUCUUAGUUGUUAAAGCCAGUAGGUCUGUACUCAUUGAGGCCAUUGGUGUGAACAGUAUUCAGUUUAUGUAUCCAAAUGGAUUCUGCAAGGUCUAACUUAGCUUGGUCUCUGUUAACUUGCUGUAAAAGAACACAACUGUAAUCAUAGUGUUGUAAAUUGAAGUGAGGGGCCACA